AGGGGAGGAGUGGAGGGCUAUCCGCGUCUGGGUCUGGCCCAGCCUAGCCCACCGCAGUUGGUUCUCUAAGCAGACUAAGUUUGUUUGGGGCUAAUGUGGUCGGGGUCUGACAUGGCAGUCACGGUGGCUAGUUCCCCUUUUUUUGCCCUCAUCUCCUUUUUUUUCCCGGCUUGUCGCGGCUGGGUUUUAUUUAUUGAUGUUGGCCCGACCCACUCGCCGGCCGGGCCGGAUACGGUGGUGGGGGCCGGGGUAUGCCGGCCCGCUUUCUAGGCCCGUUUCGGGCGGAGGCCCGGCCUCGGCCCUCCGUUACCCCUGACAAGGGCAAUUUGAGGC